ACCUUUUUCACAGACGGUGAUUGCGCGUUCCCGCCUUAUUUAGCAGCGUAAAUCUCGCAAUUUUGUAUAUAUAUUUUUUAAAAUAUUGAGGGUACAUUUAUAACAUUAAGAUUUGUGUUAUAUUACCCUGGAAUUAGUUUUAAAAAUUCAUUACAACAGCUGAGGGGGUUUCUAAAACAGCUGCUGAGAGAGUGACAGUAAAAUUGGCACCUUCUUUCACUUUACUGUCUUCAUCUACCUUACUUUUUCCCUCUUCAGAAAAGACAUUAAUUAACUCAUUAAGAGUGAAUUUUUGUCUUUUGGUCUUGGAGCAAAUGGGUAAGUGAAUAUAAUAUUUGCUGUGAUCUCCGGUUCACGUUUACGCUGCAAAUUUUAACUUUCGCGUUCCAAAACCCCGAGUGUGAAAAUGGUCUAUUACUCAAGUAACAUAUUUUUGAAUUAACAGUUAAUUUUUACAAUCAAAUUUACGUUAGCUGGACCCCAAUGUAUAACGAAGGAACAAGAAAAGGCGUGGCACCAUGCGUCAUUUCCGGUUGCAUAUGUAUACACAGUGAAGUAGUGAGGAGAUAGCUAACUGUGUGCCGAUAUGGCGGAAAGCACCUUGACACUGACAGUUGCUCAUGGCACGGCCAAACACAACAUCACUCUAACUGCACAAGAAGGACACGAACUAUUAUUAAAAGAUUUGUGUGAAACGCUGACCGAAGCCACAGGAGUACCAGCACCAUCCCAGAAAAUUAUAUUUAAAGGGAAAUCUUUGAAAGAGAUGGAGGAAUCGCUGUCUACCUUUGGAAUAAAGCAGGGUUGUAAACUAAUGAUGAUUGGAAAGAGGAACAGCCCAGAGGAGGAUGCUGAGCUUAAAAAGCUCAAAGACAUAGAAAAGUCAGUGGAACAAACAGCCAAAAAGCUUGAGAAAGUGGAUGGUGAACUGACUGGACUAAAGAAUGGCUUUCUUGCAAAGGAGUUGCAGGCCGAGGCGCUUAACAAAAUGGACCACAGGGUGAAAGUAGCCGCUGAGCAGUUAAUGAAGAUUCUAGAGGAGAUUGGUGCAAUGAGAUUGCCUGAGAGUUUUAGUGAUUGCAGGAUGAAAAAGAAAGGACUUGUGAAAACUGUACAGGGUUUCUUAGCUCAGUGUGACAAAAUUGAAGCUGGAAUAUCAGAUCACUUGGCCAAGAUUCAGACCAAAAAUUUAGCUUUAGCAGAGUGAUCAUGAAUUCUUCUGAUAUAAGUUGUUACCUGAGUUGCUCUGUGAGCAACUGAAGAACCCAAGAGCUUCAGCACUGGAGGUGGUCCUGCAGUUUGCCUACAUCCCAUGUCCUACACAUACCUGCCCAAGGAAGAAUGGAGAAAUUAAAAAAAAUAUCUAUUUUCUUCCAAGUUUAGAUUUUUCAUGUUAACCAAGUGUUGUAAAUGCUUAUGGCUGUGUGAAGUUUAGUGAAGUAUACAUGUGAUAAAAUGCUUUUACCAUCUUGACAGGGUGAACCAUUGAUCAACACUAGUCCCUCUUUUAUUAUUCUAUUCUAUUAUUUUGGUCAAAGAGAAUAAUGGUGCUACAAGAUUGUCCUUGUAAAGGAUCUCAUCUAAUUAGGUAAUCUGAUUUAUAUGUUUUUUUUUUUUUAAAGGUGUUUGUAUUUUUAGUUUGUUUACUGCUUAUAAAUCAGCAUACAUAAAUGUGCAGUAAAAGUUUAUUUAUGAAGAAAUUGAAUUUGUAUUGUUGUAUUUGUUUUUUUUUUUUGUCAUGAUUAAAUCUCAGGGUGCACAAAACCACAGUGGUGGUCUCCAAUAUUGUCGAU